AUGGGCAUUGCGAACAACAUACAAAACUCCAUUAGGGAUAUUACCUUAUCAAUUGGUUUUUGGGAAAGUAUGUCACUUGCCAGUCGACUGGAACACAAAGCAAUGUGGGCAAUUAAGCAAGUGAACAUGGACUAUGGAGCGGGUGGAAAGAAAAGAUUGUUGGAUAUCACUAAACUAGAGGAGAUUAGGAGAAAUGCUUAUGAAAAUGCUACAAUUUACAAGGAAAAGACCAAACGAUGGCAUGACAAGAUUAUUUUACAGCGACAACUUUUCGUGGAUCAACAAGUUUUAUUAAAUUCUCAACUCAAACUGCACCCAGGUACAUUACGUUUACGUUGGUGUGGACCUUUUAAAGUUGUCGUCGUAUUUUCUCAUGGUGUAGUCAUAAUUCGAGGUUUACAUGAUAAACACCAGUUCAAAGUAAAUGGACAGAGGCUGAAACACUAUUUUGGCAACAAUAAUCAAAAGUAG